CGAGCUGACGAGGGAGGAGAAGCCCUCCUCUGGCGAGCCUUCCAAAUGACGUCAUAACGCCCCGCAGCGCAGCUUGCCCCGGUGUGUAUGAAAGGGCGACGGCAACUGUUGCGCACAUGCAAGCGUCACUUUUGCUCUCUGCUUGCACGGCGCAGGCUGCUCGACUGGACAUCAUGAGCAUCGCCGCACUUGUGGCAUUCGCACUGACGUUGGGCGCCAGGACGACGUUUUGUGAAGGCAUUUCGUGCGCUCCCGGAUGGGAGGCGUUCAGCUCCAGCUGCUACAAGAAGAUGGUGGACCCCAACGGUUGGCUGGGGGCUCGUUUCCACUGCGUCCUGGAGGGCGGCGACCUGGUCUCCUUCAGCUCCUCAGCCGAAGAAGACUUUGUGAAGGGCAAAAUGGGGGCCCGCUCGUUCUGGAUAGGACUCUCCAACCUGGAAUGCAACCACAAGUUGUGUCCUCAAGUGUCAGGCAAGGAGCUGAAAUGGACCGACAACACACUGCUGGACCACAGCAACUGGGCUCCCGUCGAAGCCGCAAGCACCAAAUUGGAGUCCUGCGCGUACGUCCUCCAAGACGCUCACAAGGAAUACCACCCUGGCAAGUGGAGAAAGGUCUCGUGCGAGUCCUCCCUGGCGUACAUGUGCAAACGCUCCCCCGGCGGCUGCCAGGAGGGACAACCGUGCACCAAGACCGCCGGUUUGGCGCUCACUCCGGUGCAAACUUCUGCCUGUGACCCUGGCAACUUCCUCCGCGGCCAUUUCUGCUAUCGAUUUGAGAACACUGAGAAAACUUGGCAGGCGGCCGAGGAUGACUGCGUCUUAUGGGGAGGUCACCUGGCAAGUGUCCACUCAUGGGAAGAUGGCGAUUGGUUGAUGGCUCACAUGCAAGACAACCUUCAUGUGGGACUGAAGAAGAACAUCAAGAUGUAUGAGUGGCGUGACAAAACAGCUAUGGACCCAGCACUGUGGCACCCGGGAUAUCCAGGCUCAGAUGAUUGUGGGGCAGUGUCACUGACUGGACAGGUCUACACCAUGAAAUGCAAUAACCUAAAGGGGUUCGCCUGUCAAAAAGCCCGGCGCAUUCGACCUCAGCAGCUCCCAGGCUGGAGUGACAAAUGCGGCUGGGAGUGGCUGGACAACCCCGCCACCGACGUCUGCUACCUGAUGCGAGCAAGCGUCCGCAAAACCUGGAAAGAGGCGCGCGACGACUGCAAGCUCCACGGGGCUGACCUGCUCGCCAUCACCGACUCCCAUGAGCAGGCCUUUGUACAUGGUCACAGCAAGGCUCUACUGACAUCUCCCUCCCUGUGGCUGGACGCCAAAGCCUCCCUCGCCGAGGACGGCAGCAGCUGGGCCGACGGCUCCCCGUUCAGCUACUUCCACUCGAGCGCAGGUCACCAUGACAGCAAAUCUAACGGAGACUGUCUUUCUUUCAUCACUGACAACGGCCACUGGAAAUUUGACAUGUGCGAGAACAAGAGAGGCUACAUCUGCAAGAGAAGAGCGGCGACAGCGCAACCAGCUCCGCUGCCUCACGCUGGCUUCGUCAAGCUCGAGGUAUGCAAGAACGCGGACGGCCGCGCCACCUGUCCCGAGGGCAAAGCCAUCCGCAUCCAGUCGGCCUUCUACGGACGGAGGAGCCGUAACGUCUGCCCAACCCAAAUGGGAUCAGACGGCAAAUGUUCGCUGGAAGGCGCCCUCCUUCACUACAAGAAAGAAUGCGACAACUAUCGCCAGUGCCUCAUCAAGCCCAUGAAGGAGGACCGCUGCCCCAACAUCUCCAAAUACCUCCAGAUGAUCUACACCUGCGAAGCAGACGAGUGUUUUCAAAGUCUGGGCAACACGCAAGGCAGCCUGACAAACUUGAAGCUGAAAGCCUCCUCCUUUGCGAGGGGCUUCACCGCGGACAAAGCGCGCCUGAACGGGGAAAGCUGCUGGAAACCGUCAGCAAAUUCUGUCAUAAGCUGGAUCGAGGUGAACUUCGGUGAGACCAAACAGGUGACGGCCCUCGCCAUCCAGCCGUGUCCAUCGGCCUUCCACGGGUACCGGUCCAAACUUGAGAUGCGCCACAGUGUGGACGGACGGGCCUACACCAAGCACCCCCAGCAAUUUGCUCCCGACGGGAGUCAGAUGCUGACCGUGCCCGUGAUGGCCCAGUACCUGCGCAUCUACCCGCUGGACUACCGAUGGAGCGUCGGCAUCCGCUUUGACGUCUUGGGAUGCGAGCUUGGCAAUAUGAUCAGCUGCGACCAGUGGCCCGCUGACGUCGGCUUCGACGGCCAUCCCAAAACGGUCUUGUGUCCGCCGGGUUGUGCCAAGUUGGAACACCAAGUCUACGGCACGUUGGUGUACAAAGCGGACUCUCACAUCUGCGCCGCCGCCGUUCACGCCGGCGUCAUUCGUGACAAGACGGGAGGAGAGUGCACCUUGCUGAGAGCGCCGCCGCAGAAUGUCUUCACCGACUCCAUCCAAAACGAAAUCUUCUCCAAACAAUCCGACCAAAUGGGGGCUUUGGCUUUCACCUUUGCCGACGGAGAGACGAGAUGUCCGGGACCUGACUGGGACCAGUUUGCGGGCUCUUGCUACAAAGCUUUUGACGACAAAAAGACCUGGGCCGACGCUCAACACGCCUGCGGGAGUGUUGGCACCCAACUCGUGUCCAUUGGCUCCCAGGUGGAGCAGGAGUGGCUGAGAACGACCUUGUACUUUGACGCUGGCGACACGUGGACCGGACUCAACGACCUGGCCGUUCCCGGCAUGUUUGUGUGGUCGGACCACAAGCCUGUGACUUUGACCUUCUGGGGCACCGGGGAGCCCGACAACCGGCUCAACGAGGACGAGAAAUGCGUGGCGGUGGCCUACGAGACGGGACGAUGGAAGCGAAUGUCCUGCGCGCAGCUCAAUCGCUUCGUGUGCAAAAUCCCCAAAGCGCAUUACCCGCUUGCCAGUCAAGCCGAGCCGCAGGUGGAAGCCAAGCAGCAGGUGGAACGGACCGAUUCCAAACUCUUGUUCUUCAUGUCAGCUGGCAGUUGCAAGGACCUACAGGUGGAAAUGAUGGAAGGGCUCCAGGUGGGGAGCACCAUCGCCAUCAGCGGGCAAGGCAACGAGAAGACAAAGGGCUUCCAAGCCAACCUCCUCUACGGCGAUGGCAAAAUAGCCCUCCAGGUCGAGCUGGACGUCUUGACCAAAACCAUCUCGCUGACCUCCAAACUGGCCAGCGACCAGGGCGUUAAGCAACAGAACCAGCUGCUCGAGGCCCCCCUGCAACCUGGAGUCAAUUUCGAGAUCGUCAUCCAGUGCGACGAGCGUGGCUUCCACGUGCUUGCCGCGGACCACCGACUAUACUACGCCUACCACCACGAGCACGACCUGCCACGCGUCACGCUGCUGAAACUGCACGGGGACGUGUCGCUCAAGUCCAUCAACCUGGCAGGGGAGGCGCUGACAAGUACAAGAGUACAAGACCAAGCAGUGUAGCGCAGUGCCGAAGAAGUUAACAUUGGUAAGAGAUCCAUCAAAGUUUGCCACAUCAAAAGCAGUUACUGAGUGUUACUGAGGGUCAGGAGAAAGCAAAGAAAAAAAAAUGAUUUACUCAGGUUAAAUACAGAGUGUGUCCAGUGAUAUGUCAAAAAAGCCUUUCAAGAAAAUUUGAAAAGGUCUGCCAAGACAACAUAGCGCCAUAUUUCUUUUGUGCACCCUGUCAGUUCAGCACUCAAUUGUACAGUGUCGUGUUUUGAAGUUUGCCUCGUGUCCAAUGAAAUGUAAAAAAAACCCUCAAAAAGUCUGGAAAGUCCAAGAAAACAAAGCGCCACUUAUUUUGUGUCAAUGUCUGGAAAAUCCAAGAAAACAAAGCGCCAUUUAUUUUGUGUCAGAUCAGUGUUGAUGACUUGCUCUUUUGUUGAUGGUGAUGUUGCACUCAAUUGUACAGUGUCGUGUUUUGAAGUUUGCCUCGUGUCCAUUGAAAUGUAGAAAAAAACUAACUCAAAAAGUCUGGAAAAUCCAAGAAAACAAAGCAUCAUUAUUUUGUGUCAGAUCGGUGUUGAUAAGUUUUGCUCUUCUGUUGCUGGUGAUGUUGCACUCAGUCGUACAGUGUCUUGUCUUGAACUAACGCCGUCGAAGUUUGGUUUGAGGAUUUUCAACUAAGCAUAACGUUUGUCACUGCCUAACCUAUUUAACCCUUUUGAACAUGAUGUAACUUUCAGUGUUUCCAAUCAUGUACUCCAAAGUAGUGCUUGUCAACAUGUUUAAUAAAUUUGCAAAGACAAA